GAACUUGUGGAAUAUAAUAAAUGGUUGCUAAGAGACAUAAGAAAAGAGUUUUCAGGAAGCACUCGUCAUUCUUUCAGAAAAUAUCUGGCUUCCUCAGGACAUUUGAUAUUUAUGGAAAGAACAUUGUUUUGACUUAUAAUGGGGAGGAUAAGUACACUACCCUCAUUGGUGGGGUCACGUCUAUCUUAGUGAGCCUUAUCAUUCUUACCUACGGGACAUAUCUAGCACUGCUGCUGAUUAAUAAGGAUAACACUAGAUUUGCCAGGGCUUCAUUGCUAAAUGACUUGUAUUCCAACACUGAUUUGCACAAGCCAGCUGCUCAUUCUUAUGAAAUUGACACAGGCCAUUCUCAAUUCGAUCUUGCAUUUAAAUUCGAAGCUGGAGAUAUUAACCUGGCCAAUGAUCCAUCAGCUUUUGUGCUUACUAUAAAUCAUGUCAUGCAAGAAUGGGUGACUGAAAAUGGGAUAAGGACUACCAAGAGGACUUACACGAAUAUAGAAUUUCAGAAGUGAGGGUCAACCCAUUUAAACUAUAAAGACUUGGAUGAGAUAUACAGACUAGGAAUUGAUGACUAUUACUGCUUCAAGAAUAAGAACUAUUCCAUUGGUGGAAGCUAUUACUCUGAGAAAUAUAGUUAUCUUGAAAUGAAAUUAAGAAAGUGAACUGGAGACUCUUCAAACUGUAGAAAUGAUACUGAGCUUGUUGAUUUGAUCAAGAAAUCAAGAUUCUCAAUAGCCAUAGUAAACGCUAUUGUUAAUUUAAAGGAUUAUAAGAACCCGAUUCAGCACAUGAUCGACGAUGGAUUGUAUUGGGAAUUAAUCCCGAAUUUUCGUAAAAAGACAGAUAUUUUCCUUCGCAAAAACGAGGCUUCAUUCGAAGAUAAUUAUGUCCAACUCGGUUUUCCUCAAGAGGCAGAAUUCUAUCAAGUAGCAGAGACUACAGAUAGGCUUGAGAGCGAAUCAACAGAAGGUGAUAUGCUAUCAAUCUACCUCCGAAUUGAUAAAAUAACAGACAUCUAUGAACGUCAGAUCUACUCCAUUGGUGAACUCCUUGGCCAAACAGGAGGCUUCUAUGGUGCCCUGAUCGGAUUUGGCUCUCUCUUCCUGACUAUCUUUUCUGAACGGCUCUUCGUCAGCUCAGUGCUGAGGAAGAUCUAUCAAAUAGACUCUUGGCAAGAAAAGGAGAUGCUUGAUAAGAAAUUGAGAGACCAGCAUUGGAAAGAGUACAAAAAUCAAUCCAUUCAGUAUAAGUCAGAUGGGAGAAAAGUAAAGAUCCCUAACACAGAAUCAGAGAAGUUCCAUUCUCAGACUUUCGGAGAUAUUAAGAGGCUAGACUAUUUUAAGAAAUAUCCUGGUCAAGAUCAGUUUCAGAAUGAUAUUCUUCAGAAGUGUGAACAGAGCAUGAGAGAGCGUAAAGUGUUCAAGUAUGGGUACAAAGAUAUCUUGCAUUACUUGCUCUGAUGAGCUUUUUGAAGGAGAAAGAGAUCGAUGAGGCUUAAGCCAGGAUUUAGAGAACACCUUUACUUUGAAAUUGGUCAAGAAAAGUUACUUGAUGAACUUGAUUGAAUAACUAUUAUUAAGGCUGUCAGGCAGCUCAAGUUAUUGACAGCAGUUUUGCUAAACAAACGACAAAAAUUCUUAAUGAAGUUCCAGCGCAACAAUGUCAUUGAUAGUUCAUCAUCUGGGACUUCUGAUGAAGGUCAAAUGAACAUCAUCGACCUGAUGGCCAGCAAGAACAAAUAAGCAUGUUGAGAUUGUCAACAAGAAGAUCAACAAAGUUAUUGAGAGUUUCUGAGACAAGCCAUUUCAGGAGAUUGACAAGAGAGUCCUCAGUGGAAUCAUGAAAAAACGAUUCUCAGAUUCAGAUGAUGGAAAAGUCAAUGAUGACUCUGCAGAGAAUAUUCGAUUUGAUGACACGCCUUCUCUGCAUAAAAGAAGUAACCUUAACUCAAUUCUUCCGUUGAAAAGCAGGUUUGAAACAGAAGAAUCAAUGGUGCAUCCUCAGAAAGCUUCACGUCGUGAUUUUGAUUUUGUAAAAUAUAAAAAGAAUUCUGAAGAGGAUCCUUUGUAAAGAAUGAUUCCGUUUUAUGAAUUCAAUUGACCUGAUUCA